AAACCUUUUUUUUUUUAAUCUGUUUGUUCUCUUUCAGAAAUGGCACUAAUAGCAUGCCUCCUGGAAAAGAAGUCCUCUCUUCCAAGUGGUUCUUCCCCCCUUUUAUGAAGCAGAUCUUUUUCUCAUACAGUAUAAUGUGAUUACAGUUCCCCUCCACUCCUCCCAGGUCCUGCCAGCUACCUCUUCCAUUCAGAUCUAUUCUUUCUGUUUCUCAUUAGAGAGGAACAGAUUUCAAAGAGAUACCAACAAAACAUAUCAAAAAAUUAAUAAGAUGAAACAAGAACCACCACAUCCAGGUUGGACAAAGCAAGCCAACAGGAAAAUAAAAGAGCCCCAGGAGAAGGCACAAGAAUCAGAGACCCGCCGCUUCACACAGUCAGGAGUCCCAUAAAAAUAGAAAACUGAAAAGUCUUAUGUGCGCGCAGAGGACCUGGUGUAGAUAUGCCGGCCCUGUGCUUGCUGCUUCAGUUUCCCUAAAUUCAUGUGAGCUUUGCUCAGUUGUUUUAAAGGGCUUUGUUCUGGUAUGGACCACCCCUGCUGUCUCCACUCCUGCUUCCCCUUCCAUGGGGUUCACUGAGCUCUAAGGGGAGUGGUUUGAUGGUGUCUUAGUUAGGGUUUUACUGCUGUGAACAGACACCAUGACCAAGGUAAGUCUUACAAAAACAUUUAAUUGGGGCUGGCUUACAGGUUCAGGGGUUCAGUUCAUUAUCAAGGUGGGAGCAUGGCAGUAUCCAGGCAGGCAUGGCGCUGAGAGUUCUACAUGUUUAUCCAAAGGCUGCUUGUGGGAGACUGACUUCCAGACAACUAGGGUGAGGAUCUUAUGCCCGCACUAACAUCUACUCCAUCUAGGUCACACCUAUUCCUACAAGGCCACACCUCCAAAUGGUGCCACUCCCUGGUCCAAGAAUAUACAAACCAUCACAGAUAGGAACAUCUUGUUUAAAGCUAUGUGCCUCCCUCUUUCACCCUCCCUUCUCUGUCUCUUCCUCCUUCUCCCUCCCACCCCUCUCUCUAAAUAAUAUCAGGCUGUAUGUUUAUGCAUUUGUUCCCAUCUGCUGCAAAAAGCAGCAUUUCUGUGGAUGGGUGAGUAAGGAUGGCAUAAGCUAGUACUAUAGCAGAAUAUCACUAGGAAUUGCGUCAUUGUUACUUUGUCUGUUGGAACAGUAGUACUUGUGUUUACCCUAGGGCUCUGCUCUGAGCUAUCAUAUCUUGUCUGGUUCUUGGUUACUCAAGGAGUAUUGGGUAUGGGUUUUGUCUCAUGGAGUGGGUCUUCUGUCAAAUCAGACUUUGGUUGGUUACUCUGACAAGGUCUGUGGCAUUGCUACCCUGGCAUACAUUGCAGGCAGGACAGAUUAUAGAUCAGAGGUUUUGUGUUUGGGUUGGUAUUUACAUUACUCUUUGGUAGCCUGCAGGGUAUAUUGUUGAAGAUACUAUAACAUUUUGUGUGUGUGUGUGUGUGUGUGUGUGUGUGUGUGUGUGUGUGUAUGUGAAGAUUCUAUCUAGGCACUAGCUUAGCCACUCCCAGUUCAGUGAGUUGUGAUAGUAUGUUUUAGCAAUGAGGAACUUGCUGUCACUUUGUAGAGAGCAACCUACUAUCUUGGCAACAGCCUGGAUUGUGUGGGAAUUUCCAUGGGACCCUUUGGACAAAAACUCAUUUGGAUGAAACCUAGUCCCAGUAUUAAAAGUUUCAUUUGUUGACAAGAAUUAAGAAUUUCUAAGCCAGCCGGGUAUGGUGGCACAUGCCUUUAAUUCCAGCACUCGGAAGGCAGAGGCAGGCAGAUUUCCUAGUUCGGGGCCAGCCUGGUCUACAGAGUGAGUUCCAGGACAGCCAGAGCUAUACAGAGAAACCCUGUCUUGAAAAACAAACAAACAAACAAACAAACAAGAAUUUCCAAGCCAUUUAUGAUGGCUUAGCAUGCCUGUUAUUCUGUCACCUGAGUGGCUAAAACAGGAAGAUUACAAAUUUGAAUCCAACCUGUAGGAUAAACUUCAUCUCAAAACCAAACCAAAGAGGUAAGCUUAGGAAAGGGACCUGUAGGAAGAGGGAAGGGAUGUAGAUUGGUUAGGGAGUAGGAGGGGAUAAGAGAAAGUAGGCAUUACAGUAGUCAGAGCACUGCAUACCUGUAUGCAAUUGUUGUGAAAUAUAAUUACUAAUAAAAUGUUAAAUGUUUUUAAAUUUUAUUUUAAAAAGCACGAAACUAUCUCAUCCAGUUCUGGGUAAUGAAGAAAAGGUCCAGAGACACUUAACUUGGGACAAAUAAGAGGGAUAAUUUUUCUAAAGGAAUUCUUAUUUGGUGUGUCAGGCCAGGUUGCAUGCCAUAAAAGGCAUGUGCCAGAUGUGGCACAGUUUGUAAUGCCAGCCUGUCAAUCAUCUCAUGCCUUGUACCAGUGAGCAUAAGAGAACCACCUGCCCUCUUUAGGUUGUGAAGAUCCACAAAUGCUUAAAAUCAAUACUAAUAAUAGCUUUAUCCUAAUAGUGCUAUACCAUUUAAUUUAAUUUGACCCACACAAAUUCAAAACUAUGAAAAUUUCAAGGAAGAAAUUCUGGUAAGAUGACAGGGCUUUGUGAAAUGAAGUAUACUCUUUUCGGGGUGUGUGUGUGGGGGGGGGGGCUUGAAGUAUACUCUUGUGCACUAUAAUAUGUUGCUUUGUUUACCAAAAUGAAAACCAAACUGGAAGAGCAAGUAUGGAGAAAAACACAUGAAGCCAAAUGGUUAGAAUGGUAAGAUUUUGUUAGUGUGGAGAUGUGAAUGUGCCAGUCUGAGCAGAAGAGUGGAAAAACACUUGCAUCAUUGAUUUUGUAUCCUGAAACUACCUAUGGAUAUUGAAAUGUAUCUUGCUGUGGACUGGACUCUUUUGGUCCUUUCACCUGCAGGAAAAUCAGGCACAGGUGGGCAGGAGUCAGAGAAAAGUAACAAAUAUGGACACAAGGGACUGCUGUAUCUGAAUGUAAUUUCUCAAAGUGAGCAUCAGUCUUAUAUAUUACAGAAAACGAAGAAGUGAUCCAUUAAGGCCAUCCAAGGUACAUUGAAGUUAUCUGAUGCAACAUUACUUUUACAACAAAACAGAGGAAUGUGUACUAAAUGCUAACAGGAACUAACUGGAAUAAAAUCAAUGGUAACUGUAUCAAAAGCAGCCCCACCAAAGGUCAGCUACACACAGGAGCCAGGUGAAUGGUCAGAUGCAAUGCUAAUCUAUUGUUAAACUCACUACCAGGGGUCCCUUAGUAAAUACCUGAUUAUGCUAUUCCUCAGGGCCUAGUGAAAAACACACACCAGGGGAUCCUAGGCCACUGUAAAUUCCUGUGCAUGAGAGUGACUCAGCUAUUGUUCUAAGUAUUUACUAUAUAGACUGGCCCUGAGAUUUCUAUCUCUAUUCAAGAAAAUUGUAAUGCCUGAUUACUUUCACUGUCUCCCUUUCAAUACUAGAGGUAAUUCUGAAUGUUACUGAAUAGGUAACAUUCUUACUGAAUUCCAAGCUCAGGGUCUGCUCAAGGACUGCCUAGGACAUUGGAACACUGGUGGAGGCUAAUCAAACUUAACUGUAUGUGAAAAUCAAGCCUUAGAGGCAUUUAUAAUAAAGCAAUAUUGAAGGAAAGCACACAGAUCCGUUCACCAACUAAAGCAAGGACAUAUUUGGAGCGUUCAUUUUUUACAGGAUGCCACGGUUCCAGGAGACUAAGUUUCUGUGAAAUUUUCACCUGGGGACUGCGUCCAGGCUUUUGGGCCUGUCACUUCAGUCAAUACUGGAGUGGGUGUGGCAGUAUCUAAGGGCAAAUGAAGAUUUAUAUUAAAGAUUAUAGGUAAAACUAAGCAUUUUGUCAGGAAAUUUUAUUUCCUGAGUUUAUAUGAUCACUGCCAGAAUGGUGGCAGGCCUAGUCAGGAGGGAAUUACUCUUAAACGCGUUCUCACGACCGGCCAGGAAGAACACAACAAACCAGAAUCUUCUGCGGCAAAACUUUAUUGCUUACAUCUUUAGGAGCCAGCGCGCCAGCGCGCCAGCGCGCCAGAGCGCCAGAGCGCAGAGCGCAAAAGCGCAAGUAAGAGAGCGCAAGUAAGAGAGCGCAAGUAAGAGCGCAGAGUAAGAGAGAGAAUGGCGGAAACCCCGUCCCCUUUUAAGGAGAAUUAUCCUUCGCCUAGGACGCAUCACUCCCUGAUUGGCUGCAGCCCAUGGCCGAGUAAAGGCAGAGUACAUGUAGUGGAAAAUUACUCUUGGCACAUGCGCAGAUUAUUUGUUUACCACUUAGAACACAGGAUGUCAGCGCCAUCUUGUGACGGCGAAUGUGGGGGCGGCUCCCAACAAAUUACAGACAAUACACAAAAUUCAGGACACAUAUGUAAAUCCUUCUAUGUGUAAAGAUGUACAAAGCCAUGAAGGAUUCUGCAUGUAAAUCAGUGGACUUAGGUGGCCCCUUAAAGAUAGUGACUAGCAUAGAUGUUUAAUAAGAAUUUUCAAGUUGGUACACAGGAAGGCAGAAAUGGGCAAGAUGUGGUUAUAUAGCAAUAUAUAGAACAGAAAGCUUGUCAGUUUUUUAAAAACUUACAGGUAAGUGUACAUAUGCAUACAGCCAUGGACAUGCUGAAUGCAAUGAGCUUCAGUGGCCAAAGCUAGCAAAAUAAGAGCUGCAUAUAUUUAUGGGUCUAUGCCAGAUAACCCCAAAUAGCAAGGCUCAACUGAGUUGCUCCAGUGGAUAUUAUUAGUACAUAAUGUCAGACAUUGUUGUCCAGAGACAACAGAAGUGGUAUGUGCAGCCACACAGGAAGCAAAGCUGGUUUCUCUUUAAUUGCAUCGUAUAUACUUUUUCACUCUAAUAGACUCUAACUGCAACAGUCAUGUUGCUGAGUCCUCUGAAUUCUCAUGUAUCACUGAACCUCAUGGUUGUCCUGAACAUGCCAGCUCACUGUCUAAAUAAAACUAUGUUGGAAACUGAAGGAAGAAGGGAAAUGUACUAGGACAAAAUUUGUGCUUCAUCCUUAGAGAAAAAGAGUUGGUUUUGUUUGGAAGAUUCAAAAGAUUAACUGUGUGGGCAAGACACCAGCUUAGUGGCAUGGAGUAAAGCCUGCAACUGUAAGACCCCCUUUCAGGGACCCCCCCCCCCCACUCUAGUCUCGGGAGAGAGAGAGAGAGCACCCAAAGAAACAUGAGAAUCCUUCUUGCUGCAAACACAUGAGGCAGUUUAAUGGCGGGUCGAAACAUCUCACACAGGAGACAGUGGAUUCGACCCCGAGGCUCAAAAGCUAGGGGUUUUUAUGGGGUAAAGGGCUUAGGGGUGGGGAAUUCAGCAUAGCAACACACUAUUGGCUUAUUCAAAUAUCAGCAGAAAGAUUACAUGUUAGCAAAAGAAUACGUGCAGGUCAGGGUUCUGUGAGUUGUUGAUUCAGCUCAGAUAGCCCUAUUAAGUCCUCACAUUCCUCUCUAUCUUUACGGGCAAGCUGUUCCCAGGAAUUCUUUAACGGCAGGGCAUGCCCGGGUUUGUUCUUCUUUGUUCUCAGCCCCAGGCAGCCUCUUGGCUCACAAACAACCAGCAAUUUCUGAGUACUUUAUAUGACUUACAGGUCUUAAACUUUCAUCUUUCUUUCACAACCAGAGGCAGAUGGUUUUACAAAACUUUGGCAGGAGUUAAACUGUUUGCUGAUGUAUCUUCAGACAUGACAGUGAAAAAGUAUAAUGUAAAAACAAAAUUCUAGGCCUUUAGGCCCAGGCUUGAGAAUGUGACCUUUGUGACUCAAUGCUCCAAAGCAUGCUAAUCAUAAAACAGGAACAUUCCUCCACCCUCCUGCUUCCUGGGUUCAGGGAGUGUUCUUUGAAAGAAAGUCACCCUGACCCACCCUGACCAUUGCUGGAACCUGCUAUGCAAUAGUGCUAUUGUUAGAGGCUCUUAGAAAAUUGACUUGACUUUCCACGUCCUCAGUGACUCUUAACUGGUAUUUUUGGUAUUUUCCAACAAUGCCCCCCCUCCUUGAGUUGUGGUUUCUUCCUUUAAAUACCCCCAUACCCAGCUACUUGGGUCUCCAUGGUCCUCUACCCCUGCCUGGUGUAUAACUAUAGGCACGAGAGUGCUCUUGAAAUAAAAGUCUUCUUGCAGUUUGCAUCAAGAUCAUUUCUCAUGAGUGAUUUGCGGUGUCGCCUCUCCUCAGUCAGAAUGUGUGUGUGUUGGGGGGGUCCUCAUGUUGUGGGUCUUUCAACAGAAGCUGGAAGCACAGAUUUAAAAAUAUGUAUGUAAACCUAGAGAAUAUGGAUUACAUUUUGGAAUCAUGGGUCUAUCCUCUGAAGCUGUGAAAGAAGGGUAAGUGUUUGCUUGUAGUAAUGUGUUUAGGAACAAGAGGCACUCGUUGCUAGACAACAAGAAACUGAGCUCUAUAUAGCUAUGAAGCUGAGAGCUAGUAUCUUAUCAAAACAAAAGCUUGUGUAAUUUCUAACUGGAAUCUGAGGUCUAUACUUUUAGCUGCUCUCCUGAAAACCUGGAAGAUGGGAAUUAGGGGAAGGAUACCAGUGAAUGCAAGCCCUCCCUGUUCCAAGGAAAAUAAAGGAGACCUCACUGCCUCAAACCAUCUUGCAAGGCUUGGGGAAUGCAAACUGCUUAUGGGACCAAGGGGUUACAGUGCAAGGUGACAAGAAGUUCCUGGCCUGCGUGGGGUCUCUUAACACCUUUGCAUUUGGCCUGUGCUAAUGGAUAUACAAAUAUUGUCUCUCUCUUAAUUGAGAAUCAAUGCAAAAUUAAUGUCCAGGAUAGUGAAAACAGAACCCCAUUGAUUAAGCAGGCAGUAGAGUGUCAACAGGAGAGUUGUGCUACGGUUCUUCUUCUUCAUGGUGCAGAUCCAAAUCUGGUAGAUGUUUAUAGUAAUACGGCUCUCCAUUAUGCUGUUUGUGGCCAAAAUAUUUCAUUAGCCAAUAAAUUGCUUCAAUAUAAAGCCAAUCUUGAAGCCAAAAAUAAGGACGGUCACACUCCGCUUUUACUUGCUGUUGCUGAAAAUAAUGAAAAUAUGGUAAAAUUCCUUCUGAAGAAAGGAGCAGAUGUAAAUGCAUCAGAUAAAAACCACAGAACAGCCAUCAUGAUUGCUCUGAUUGUUGAACCAACAAGUUCUGUAAAACUUCUUCUUCAGCAAGAUACGGACCUAGCCCACAAAGAUAUUUAUGGAUUUACAGCUGAGGAAUAUGCUUCAUUUAAUGGCUUUACUAUGUAUCACCAUAUAACUGCCAAUAAUGAGAACAAGAAGAAAACAGAGCAAACAGCUUACUGACUGAGCAGUUUUUCUUGUUAUUUUAUAUUUUCUUCCUACAAAGCAUACAUCCUUUUUCUUCCAAAGCAAUAUUUAAAUAUGGAAUUAAAAUUUACCUCUGCUUUGAAAUUGUAAAUCAUUUUAAAGAUCUUCAUUAACAUUUUCUGACAACUUAUGUACUAAAAAUUAAAAAUUCUAUGGUAAAAUUC